CAUUAAGUUGCAAAUCGCUUUCAUGCACUGUAUUAGAUAUUUUCGUCAUUGAAUACGGAUUGUAAGCUAAUGAUCUGGUCAGAAUGUUCUUUAUAAAUUCAUUUAAGUGGUUUGAUUAAUAUUUCCCUUUUUUCUUUUAAUUUUUGUUUUGCAGGGAUUGUGGGAAACAAGUCUAUUUGGGUAUGGAUAUGUGAUUGAUUUUUUAUUGAAUGGGGAACUUGUAAACAUAAUUUUCGUUACUUCUAUUUUAGGGAUGUUUUAAAUUAAUCUUUGUGUGCGUUUAUUUAGGUGGAUUCGACACUGCGCAUGCUGCUGCUAGAGCCUAUGAUCGAGCUGCUAUUAAGUUCAGGGGUGUUGAUGCUGAUAUCAACUUCAAUCUGAGUGAUUAUGAGGAGGAGAUGAAACAGAUGAAGAAUCUAGGCAAAGAAGAAUUCGUGCACAUUCUCCGUCGCCAAAGUACUGGUUUCUCAAGGGGGAGCUCGAAAUAUCGAGGGGUGACACUGCACAAAUGUGGCAGAUGGGAAGCACGAAUGGGACAAUUCCUUGGCAAAAAGUGAGCAACCACUUUAAUUCUGUUUUAACAUUAUCAUGCAAAAAUAUGGAGUUUGAGUGCCUUUUGAUUGUCAUCUGAGAAUUAGUUUCAAAUUAGUUUCAAUGGAAAAUCAAUUCUAAGAUGCCUAUUUCAAAGAAGAAAUGAUUGGGGAUGGUGUUUCAUCGUGGAGAUUACGAUGCUUGCGUGCAGGUAUAUUUAUCUUGGGCUAUUCGACAGUGAAGUAGAAGCUGCAAGGUCCAAAUCAUCAUGAAUUACACUCUACCUGAUAUGAAUUUAUUACCCUGAAUUCUCAACCUCAAUAAGGUUCCAUCCAACACUAGUCUACCUUUUGAUUUUUCUGGAAAUCAGGGCUUAUGACAAGGCAGCUAUCAAAUGUAACGGAAGGGAGGCAGUCACCAACUUUGAGCCUAGAACAUACGAAGGGGAGAUGACUUUUGAGGCCAGUAGUGAAGGCAAUAAUCACGACCUUGAUCUUAACUUGGGGAUUUCUCCACCAGUUCGCAGUGGUCCCAAGGAAAAUGAGGGACAUCUCCAGUUUCAUUCCCGCCCUUAUGAUGUGGAAGGUGGAAGGAGUUUGAUGAACCCUGCUGUGGCUACAUUGGGUGGUAUGCCCUUCAAUGGAUCAGUGAAGACUACAGAUCAGCCUAAUUUCUGGACUGGUGUAUAUCCUAGUUUUUUCUCCAGUGAGGAAAGGGAAACGAUAAAAAAGAUUGAUUUAGGUUCUUCCCAAGGUCUCCCUGAAUGGGGAUGGCAAAUGAAUGGUCAGGUCACCGCUACCUCAAUGCCACUGUUCUCAACUGCAGCAUCAUCAGGAUUCUCAUUUGCGGCUACACUUCCUUCUGCUGCCACCCUUCCAACAAAACCACUCAACCCAACAGCGAACCAUAAUCUCUGUUUUGCUCCGCCUGCUACGGCUGUCGCCAACAACCCUGAAAUCUAUUAUCAGCUCAGACCACCACAUGCACCGCCAUAGCCCUAUCUCUCAUCUUAUUGUUGGUGCAAAAGAAACAAUAGCUUCAGCUGCAAUUGAAUCAGUUAUGAUUCCAAGUGUUGAUUGGUACAAGUAAAAAAUGUUUGUUUUUGUUAACUGGAAAAUUAUACUUAUGUUGAUAUAUGAAGAAAAAUCCUAAUCCCAUACUUGGCUGACAUUAUAUGGAAUAAAGGUGUUGGAUCUCAACUUCCUAAAAUAUGAUGUGUGUUUAAACCUUUGAGGUGGAGAUCACCACAACUAACUUGUCUCUUUUGUGUGUCAUUUCAUCUUUGUUGACGAUAAUAUUGUCUGCAUUUGGGGUUUUCCCCCUAAGGUCCCCACAGCCCUCAAACUACAAAAUGUAUACUUGUUCGUAAACCUUUGCCAAUCCAAGGUGUGCUCAAGGCAGACAUGAAUAUGUUGCUACAUAAAUUGCUUAUAAUGUU